AUGUCUUCUUCAUCCGCCUCUUCCCCCCCGACGUCGACGUCGCGGACGUACGCCGACGCCCUCGACCUCCUCAACACCCUCAUCCCCAACACAAAGGUCCACGCCCUCUUCGGCAAGCCCCAGGACCCGAAGCCGCCGUCGCCGGCAUCCGACCCGAACCUCCUCGCCGUCCCCGAGAUGCGCGCCUGGCUCCUCCGCGCCAACCUGACCCCGCAGCGCCUCUCUGCCCUCUCCUGCGUCCACAUCGCCGGCACAAAGGGCAAAGGCUCCGUCGCCGCCCUCACCACCUCCGCCCUCCUCGCCUCCGCCCGUUCAAACUCCGGCACCGGCACCGGCCCCGGCCCCGGCCCCGGCCGCGUCGGCACCUACACCUCCCCGCACCUCGUCACCCCGCGCGAGCGCAUCGCCAUCGACGGCCGGCCCGUCUCCCAGUCCCUCUUCGCCGCCGCCUUCUUCGAGCUCUGGGACCUCCUCUCCGCCUGCCCCGCCGACGACGACGACGGCCCCCUCGCCGGCCUCCCCGCAGGCGCCAAGCCGUUCUACUUCCGCUUCCUCACCCUCCUCGCCCUCCACAUCUUCCUCCGCGAGGGCGUCCGCUCCGUCGUGCUCGAGUGCGGCAUCGGCGGCGAGUACGACGCCACCAACGCCGUCGUCCGGUCCGCCGGCGGCGGCGGCGCUGCCGUCACGGCCGCCGUCAUCACCCAGCUCGGCGUCGACCACGUCGCCAUGCUCGGCGACACCCCCGAGGCCAUCGCCUGGCACAAGGCCGGCGUCAUGAAGCCCGGCGUCCCCGCCUUCACCCGCCGCCUCGACGCCCAGCCCGCCGUCAUGGACGUCCUCCGCGCCCGCGCCCGCGAGGCCGCCGCCCGCCUCGUCGAGGUCCCCGACGACGACGUCGACGCCUGGCCCGGCGUGUCCGCCGCCAAGCUGCCCGGCGGGGCCUUCCAGAAGCGGAACCAGGCCCUCGCCGCGCUCGCCGCCGCGCACCACCUGCGGGUCCUCGAGGGCCGGCAUGGGGUCGAGGCGGACACGGACGCGGGCGCGAGCGCGCUGUUGCGGGACGUGCCGGAGACCGUCGUCGCGGGCCUGCGCGAGGCGACGCUGCGGGGUCGGCACGAGGUCCUCGAGCGCGGCAACGUCUCGUGGCACCUCGACGGCGCGCACAACACCGACAGCCUGGCCGAAGCGGCGCGCUGGAUGGCAGCCGUCGUCGCCGUCGUCCCCGGGGACGCCGCCGCCGCCGCCGCCGCCGCGACGACCAAGUUCGCGCUCGUCUUCAACCAGCAGGAGCGCGACGCCUCGGCGCUCCUCCUGGGCCUCCUGCGGGAGAUGGAGGCCGCGGGCGUCGACGUCGCAUCGAGGCUGGAUGCCGCCAUCUUCACGCGCAACGACAAGACCAGCAGCGGCGGCGGAGCAGAGGACGCCGGAAAGGCGGCGGCGACGGUGGACGUCGCGGUCCAGGACAAGUGCGCCGCGGCUUUCAGGCAGGCGUACCCCGGCGUCGACGCCCUCGUGUGCCGGGACCUGACGGAGAUGAAGGGCGCCGUGGACGCCGUCGCCGCGCAGAGCACUAGGACCAGGGUCCUCGUCACGGGGAGCAUGUAUCUCGUCGGCAACGUCAUCGGCCUGUUGGAGCCAGACGGUUUAUUAUAA